GCCUGCAGCACUCAAAGAGCGGCUGUGAACAGUCAGUCGUCAUUCCCGCUGCAGCUCCACCUACGCUCCAGGCUCCAGCUUCAGGCGACCCGGUCCUUUCACGUGAUGGGCGCCGUGUGGGGGCUGCGGAAGGUUAUCGAUAUCAAACAAUCGCCCGCCGGCGCUUUUCUUGCGCACCUACAGGUAUAGGUACUCCUACAACAAUAAUGACGGAGCAUCACCACACGCGCCUGACUGUCCUGGUCUCAGGCAGCGGCACCAAUCUGCAGGCCCUGAUAGACGCCUGCAAAGACGGACGUUUGCCAAACACAAGCAUUGCCCGUGUUAUCUCAGACAAGAAGGCGGCGUAUGGCCUUGAGCGCGCUCGCCAAGCUGGCAUACCCGUGCACUACCAUGGCUUUCCUCCCUACAAGGAAAAGUUCCCCAACCUUUCCAAACAGGAGCAGAGGAUUGAGUUCGACAAAGACCUCGCCAAGAUUGUGCUGAACGAUUCGCCGGAUCUUGUCGUUUGUGCUGGCUAUAUGCUCAUCUUAACGGACCCUCUCCUUGACGCCCUGUCGAAUGCGCAUAUCCCAAUCAUCAAUCUACACCCAGCCUUGCCCGGUGAAUACAAUGGCACGCACGCAAUCGAUCGCGCCCACGGGGACUGGAAAGCUGGCAAGACCAAGAGGACAGGAGUAAUGAUUCAUUAUGUAAUCCUGGAAGUUGACAUGGGCGCUCCAAUCUUGACAAAAGAGAUACCCUUUGUGGAAGGUGAGGAUGACAAGCUUGAAGAUUUUGAGCAAAAAGUGCAUCAAGUAGAAUGGGGUGCUAUUGUCGAGGGCACGAAGUUGGCUAUUGAUAAGCUCUGGAGCAGCCGGUCGUCAUAGGGGCUAGCGCCGAGGGGAAUUGUCUAGGUACUCGAGGAAGGGCUAUGCCUCAGCUGGAAAGAGCACAUCAGGAGAAUCACCGCGCACAGGAAGCGAACACGACACGGGGAAAUUAAGUGUAAGCUGGGGCACUAAUCUCAUUGUCCGAGUUUGUCAAGACAUACAAAUAGCUUCUCUACGAAGUGCUGGAAGGAAACGUGCCUUGACGUCAGGCAAAUACGCUAAACCAAGUGACUCGUU